UAAUUUCCAUAGUUUUUCUGUUGGAAUUAAACACAUAAAGUACCUUAAAUGGAUGAUCGAAAUCCCACCAGCUUAUAAGAAAUCAUUUUUUGAAGCUGCAUUACGAAGCAAAAAUGCAGAAUACUUCAACUUGGAAGUCGGAGGGGUCUCACAGCUGAUACCAGACUUCCGCUUCACACCAUCCCCAACUGAUUGUGAAGGAAAACUACGCGGCAGAUACUGCCCUUCACCUUGCUGCCAAAGCGGAAACACUGAGACCAUCCAAGUUCUUCUCCAGCAUUAUCGCCAACUUGCAGUAGAAGACAAUACUCCUACUCUCAUUGGGAGGCCCCGAAAGCGGCAUAUAUUCAAACUAAUAGGGGGAGUCUCCGUUGUAUUUGGCUGUCGAAGCCGGUGUCAAAGUGGAAAUAGUCAAUCAUCUCUUGGGGAAUCCUUUGACUGCAAGACUAUACCAGAAGGGCAGUCACCAGUGGAUGCUGCCAUUAAAUUACAUGUUGCAAAUGCUAAGCAAAAGGCCGGUGCUAAUAGGCCUAACAGACGAGAAUGGCCGGAGGGCGCUUCACUGGACAAUGAGGGUCUGUAUCCUCUUCAUGUUGCAUGUGAAAGCGGCAAUGUUAAAGCAUACCAAGCAUUACGGUCACCGUGGCCUGAUCCAACGGAAUUCCUUGACAAUAAUUACCAAAACAUCCUCCACGUGGCGGCCAAAAACGGCAGGGAUUCUGUUGUGAGGUGCAUAGUUAAGGAUACCAAUCUUGGCCCUAAACUCUUGAACACGGAGGAUAAGGACGGGAAUACGCCUCUGCAUUUGGCUGCCAUGAACGGCCAUUCUCUGGUCGUCGGUACCCUCGUGUUGAACAGGAACUGCAACUAACAGAUUUUGAACGCGGAAGGCUUGGCUCCCUAUGGCACGGCUAAGAUACGACCUGGAGACGAUGAAGGAAGUGAAGAACAGAAUUCUGUAUGUAUAUAUGUAUAUGUACGUAUGUAUAUAUGUAUAUGUACGUACGUAUAUAUUUUUGCUGACAAAAAUGAUGUACAUAUAUAUAUAUUGUUAUUACAUGUGCAGGGGAGGAUAAGAAGUCUUCAGAUCAAAAGAAUUCUGACCUGGUGAGAUUUUAAAACUAAUUUUAAUCCAGAAAUAAAUACUGUUAGCAACC